CCUAAUCCCCAAACCAGAUAGGGCAAAUGCUCCUAAUCUUAGAAAACAGCCCAAAUGAUCUGGAACACGAAGCCUGUUUCACCAGGGUAUUUGCAUUUACCACUUCCUGGUGAUCUGUAUUCAUUUUCUGCUAAGUCCAUUCUGCUGUCGUAGUGAUUAGCCCAGCAAAGCAAGUGCCCAAUGGGCGAAAGUCUUGAGAAGCUGCUGUUCCCCAUCAGCUUUAACAGUAAUGGAUCUACAUCUGACCUCUGGGCCACAAAUGAUAAGUGCAGAAGUCGUCACAGGGCGCGGUACCACCCUAAGCCUUGCACAGCAGCAUAGUGGAGCCAGCGAUGUUGUCGUGAAAACUCCUUUCAAUCAGGUGUCCUGCUGUGGGCCUGUUUCUUGGACCAGCCGCUGCCACUCUAGGUUGCCCUCUCUCUCAGAGUCUACUUGUAGCCGCUUGCUCUACAUCCUUCUCCAUGUGGGGGCCUCUGCAAUCUGCUGUCUCCUGCUGUCUAGGACAGUGGUAGAAAGGGUCUGGGGCAAAGCACAUGGGAUCCAGAUGCCCUCAGUGCUGUGUGCCCACCUGUUUGGCAGCUCUGACUGUCCAGUACUCAGUGGCUCUGGGGCCGUGUAUCGAGUAUGUGCAGGAACUGCCACCUUCCACCUGCUGCAGGCUGUGCUCCUAGUCCGCCUCCACUCCCCCACCAGCCCUCGAGCACAGCUGCAUAACAGCUUCUGGAGCCUCAAGCUGUUGUUCCUGUUAGGUCUCUGUGCUGUUGCCUUCUGCAUCCCCGAUGAGCAUCUCUUCCCAGCCUGGCAUUACAUUGGCAUCUGUGGAGGCUUCAUAUUCAUCCUAUUACAGCUGGUGCUUAUCACAGCUUUUGCCCACUCCUGGAACAAGAAUUGGCAGACUGGCGCAGCCCAAGACUGUAACUGGUUCCUAGGUGUGUUACUGGCCACCCUAGGAUUCUACAGUAUAGCAGGUGUGGGAGCUGUGCUGUUGUUCCACCACUACACACACCCUGAUGGUUGCCUGCUCAACAAGAUGUUACUCAGUCUGCACCUUUGCUUCUGUGGCCUCCUCUCUCUCCUCUCCAUUGCACCUUGCAUCCGCCUCAAGCACCCAAACUCUGGCCUUCUGCAAGCCUCUGUCAUCAGCUGCUACAUCAUGUACCUGACCUUCUCUGCACUCUCCAGCCGUCCUCCAGACACAAUAACCUUUCAAGGACAGAAUCGCACCUUGUGCCUGCCUGGCCAGAAUAAACCGGAACCGCAAACACCAGCUACCUCGGCAGCAGUGCUGAGUGCAGGCAUCAUGUAUACGUGUGUGCUUUUUGCUUGCAAUGAGGCUUCCUAUCUGGCCGAGUUGUUUGGACCCUUGUGGAUCAUCAAGGUUUACAAUUAUGAGUUCCAGAAGCCCUCACUCUGUUUCUGCUGCCCCAAAACAGUCGAACCAGAGGAUGGGCAAAGCAGCAGAGCCAGGCCAGCUGACCAAGAGACCUCUCCAGCUGCUCAGGUGCAGAGCCAGCAUCUGUCCUACAGCUACUCUGCCUUCCACUUCACCUUCUUCCUUGCUUCACUCUAUGUCAUGGUCACCCUUACCAACUGGUUCAGCUAUGAGGGAGCAGAACUGGAGAAGACCUUCACUAAGGGGAGCUGGGCUACCUUCUGGGUCAAAGUCGCUUCAUGCUGGGCCUGUGUACUCCUCUAUCUGGGGCUGUUACUAGCACCACUCUGUUAG